CGAGUGCGCGCACGACGCUCCACGCGCUGCUGGAAGACGAAGAGCAAGAUGGCGGUGGUCGUGCGAAGUUUGCAAGACCAGCUAGAAAAAGCCAAGGAAAGCUUGAAGAGCGUGGACGAAAAUAUUCGAAAACUAACCGGCAGAGAUCCGAGCGAAUUAAGACCGGGUCAAAAUAGGAGACUUACCAUCGCAGGCCCAGGUGGAGGUAGGGGGCGUGGGAUCAAUUUGCUGAGGCGUGGACUCUCAGAUAGUGGUGGAGGACCCCCAGCCAAACAGAGAGACAUCGAAGGGGCACUCUUGAGGCUGGCAGGGGAUCAGCGAGCCAGGAGAGAUUCACGCCAUGACAGCGACGCUGAGGAUGAUGACGAUGUCAAAAAACCAGCGUUGCAGUCAUCUGUGGUUGCUACCUCCAAAGAACGUACGCGCCGUGAUCUUAUUCAAGAUCAGACAAUGGAUGAGAGAGGAAAGCAGAGAAACCGGCGCAUGUUUGGCCUAUUGAUGGGAACAUUGCAAAAGUUUAAGCAGGAGUCUACUGUGUCCACAGAGCGGUUAAAAAGACGCCAAGAAAUUGAGCAGAAAUUGGAAGUGCAGGCAGAACAGGAGCGUAAGAAAGUUGAGAGUGAAAGGAGAGAGCUCUUUGAAGAAAGACGUGCCAAACAAACAGAGCUGCGGCUUCUGGAGCACAAAGUGGAGCUCGCUCAACUGCAAGAAGAGUGGAACGCACAUAAUUCAAAGCUCAUCAAGUUCAUUCGCACGAAGACCAAGCCCCCGAUCUUCUACCUGCCUGGGCGAAUGUGCUCCGCUACUCAAAAGCUCCUGGAGGAGUCUCAGAAAAAAUUAAAUGGUGUGUUUGAUGAGAGACGUGAAGCCUUUGCAGAGCAACUCAACAAAAUGGAGGCUCGGCCAAGGCGUCAGUCCCAGAGGACAGGUGACAGAGAAAUGGAGGAUAGCCGUCGGGCUGAAGAGACGAAGAAAGAAGAUCAAGAGGAGGGUAAGGCUGGAGUAGGGCGGACAGGUAACAGGCAUGAUGUGGAGAUGGAGGACGAGGAGGAAGAUGUAGUCGAGGAGGAAGGAGAGGAGAGCUCAGAGAUGAGGGAGAGAGAGGGGGAGGGGGAUCAAGAGCAGGAGCAGAGUGAGGAGAAGGAUAAACACGAGGAGAGUGAGCAGAAGGCAGAGGAGGAAGAUGAGGAGGACGAGGAUGAUGUAGGAACAAGUGAGGCUAAGGAAGAGGGGGAAGAGCAGAUGGAGGUUACAGAAGUUGUGAGGGAAGAUGAGGCACAGGGUAAGUUGCAGGUUGAGAGUCCAGAAGCCACAGUUGAAGAGGUAGGUAAUGUGCAAAAGGAGGAAGAUCAGGAGACCGAGAACGAGACUCAGCAGGACGUUGUAACAGACUCUCAGCAAACCCCCGAAAGCCACAUGGAAAUGCAGCCUGAGGAGUGUAAAGAGCCUCAACUGGACGUCCCGACCCCUAGUGUGACGGAACAUGACACCAAGCAAGAUGACACAGCGCCUGAGACCCAACAGACACAGCUUGAGCCUGACCCAGAAAUCCCUCAAGAGCAAAGCCAAGAGCCAUCAGUGCAACCACAAGAAGCCAAAGCAGACACAAAGGAAGCUAAUGAGGAAACCGAUGAGGCUCGCGGACGGGCUAAAGUCCGCGGCAAGAAGAGCAAGAGCCGAAGUAGCAGCAGUUCUUCUUCCAGUUCCUCUUCAAGCUCCUCCUCCAGUGGAUCCAGCUCCACUUCCAGUGGCUCCAGUAGCAGUUCCUCUGGCUCCUCCUCGUCGUCUUCCAGUUCACGCUCCCGUAGUCGCGGCAGGGAUAGAGAUGGCCGAGACCACAAACGCCGCCGGAGACCGUCGGACAGGGAGCGCAGAAAGAGCGGCAGUGAGAGGGGACACAAGUCCUCAAAAGGCAGCGGACGAGAAAGAAAGGGCUCCAAAGACAAGAACUCCAAACCUGACAGGAAGAGGACUGGUUCGGAAGGAAGCAGGUCAGGGAGAAGGUCCUCCAGAAACGAGAGGGAUCGGAAGUCUGAUCGGAAGGAUCGACGUUGAAAAGAUGCCAGUCUUGCAUAGUUUCUUGAAGGACAUUGUGUGGUUACCCUAGUUUUUUUUUGAGGUGCAGUUGCCUUGCUAUUCUUCUUGAGUGGGUUUUACUUUUGAAUUCUCCAUCUCCCAAUCUCUUUUUUUUUUUUCUCCUAGUUUUGUCUGGCAACUGGUAAUUUCAGUGUCUCUUGGAAUUUUUAAGAUUUAUAAACUGCUUUUUAGAACCAUCACUCUAAAAGACCUUCAAACCUUCUACGUUAUCUGACGAAAUGUGCUUCUCGUGCUGAUCCUUCAUCUGUUCCACCAUGGUGUUGCCAGUUCCUGUCAUACAGUAGCUUAGCCACUGAUGUUUUCAGUUAUGCAACGCCAUACUAAUGUGAUUUUUAACAUUCAGUAAAUAUAAAAGUAAAAGCAUCCAUUUUGACAGUAUCUUACAGUGGUGCAGUUCUUUUCUUGGUGAAGCAAAAUUGUCUUUCUUUUUUUUUUUGUAUAAAUCACCCGUUAACAUAGAAAGACAUUAAAGACAAUUUCUCUUUA